AUGGAGAUCACCGAUUACAUCUUCAAGGAGCGAGAGGAGGUGCUCCUUGUGGGCGACUACAAUGCCUACCGGGCGCAUGCCACUCGCAAGCUGCACAAACUCCGCAAGAAGCUGGGACAGGCCACGCCUAAAGGCCGCAAGUACACUGCCAAACCAGCCGUGACUGCUGAGAAUGUUGGAGCUAGUGUGUCAAAUGUGCAUCUUCUGCUUCUCGGAUCCGAACGAGCAUGGGCGCAAGCCAUGCAUGAGAAAUCGACACACUCCGCAGAUCCGUCCGCCAAGGGUGUCUCUGGUGCUGCCAGACGUCAUAUCAUUUCGCGACUGCAGAAAGCCACCGGUUAUGCUCAACUUCUCGUGACAUUGCUUCACGAGCAAUCGGUCACCGGGGCCAGCGAUAUCGACAUCCUCGAAGCUCGCGCUUAUCUGGCUACAAUUUCUGGUGCGCUGUGGCUGGAGAAGCGGAAAUGGGACCAAUGUCUACAUGAUUAUGCCAUCGCUCGGGUGAUCUACACGGCAUUGGGGCAGAGGGAGAAGAAGGAUUCUUUCCGGGACCUCCUUACUGGAACCGUCGACCCCAGCCUGCGCUACGCUGCUUAUCAGAUGAAGCUUCCUCGCUCCAAGCCGACUUCGUCGUUAGCCAUUGAAUUCUUCCCCACUGAUUCCAAGAUUCGUGCGGAAGUCGAGAAGAUCGACCCGUCUUGCCUCGCUGAAGAAGCCGCUGGAACGCGGAGGACUGCAGAGGGUGAAGUGCAACAGCUACCCGAGUCCGUGACUUGGAGAUCUCGAACUGUCCCGCUGGACGAUGCUUCUAUUUCUCAGGCAUUGGCCGCUGCCUCCGCCGCGGAAACUGGUCUCAGCGCUUGGUUGGCAGAUGCUGGAAAAUCUGCUACAGCAAAGGAUCAAGCUGCUGCCUACGACAAUGUCAUUAUUGCCAGUCAGGACGCAGUCGAUGCCACGAAAAGUGCUAUUGAUGACCUGACCAACGAGGGUGUGGACCCUGGAGAUAAGAGAAUGCAGGCGCUCCAGAUCACUCGGACGGCUGUCAACUACAGCCUUGUUGGAUGGCGAGUUGGACGCAACCGUGUGCUGUGUGGAGAACAGGACGGCCUGACGUUCGAAGAUGAGCCGACUGACCAGAGUGGCAAGGCUGUCAAGCGCAGCGCGGGCAAUGGAAAGAAGCUGAACAAGCUCCGCGAGCGCGUAGUGCUGUAUGAUUCGACCUUGCAGAGUCUGGAGUUCAUUCUGGAGCUGCCUGGUGUUGCUGCCGAUACCGCAUUUGUGCAGGAUCUCGAGGCGAAGCGGCGCUACUUCCGGGCCCUGAGAUGCCUCGCUUUGGGACGAUCCCACGGCGUUCUGGGCAAGCCCACUGAGGCACUCGCCCUCUUCGCUCAGGCAUUUGACCUCGCCAGCUCGGCCACCCCGCAGACUGCCGCCAGCUCCGAGGGCCCUCCCCAGCUGGAGGUCUCGCAGGCCCAAGCAAGCAACUUGGCAUCGACUUUGCGCGGUCUUGUCGCUCAGUACCGCGGACUUGUGACGUUGGAGCGCCUGGAUGCCGAGUCAGGCUCGAGCCAGCAGCGCCCACUGGUGGAGCGGCUGCACCAGUUCGGUGCCAAAACCGACCUCAGCAAUCUGGUGCCGUACCCGCCCCAGAUGCAACCUGUUCCUGUCAAGCCGCUUUUCCUUGACGUGGCUUGGAACUACAUUGACUACCCACAGGCAGGGCAGCCGCAAGCGCAAGCGCAGGAGCAGGCCCCUUCCCCGGCGCCGGAGGAGAAGAAGAGCCGGGGAUGGUUUGGGUUUGGUGGUCGGUGA